AUGAGCGCUGUCCCGCUCCCCUCGGCCAGGACAGCAGGUCUUCCUCUUAGCUUCUUGUUUCUGCUUUCCUUCUGGAUAGACCGAGGUGUGGUAGCUAAGGAGCUGAAGUUUGUGACAUUGGUAUUUAGGCAUGGAGACCGAAGUCCCAUCGAAACCUUUCCUAAUGACCCCAUCAAAGAAUCCUCAUGGCCACAAGGAUUUGGCCAACUCACUCAGCUGGGCAUGGAACAGCAUUAUGAACUUGGACGGUAUAUAAGGCAAAGAUAUAGAAAAUUUUUGAAUGAGUCCUACAAACGUGAACAGGUUUACAUUCAAAGCACGGACGUUGACCGGACUUUGAUGAGUGCUAUGACAAACCUUGCAGGCCUAUUUCCCCCAGAGGGUAUCAGCAUCUGGAAUCCCAGCCUACCAUGGCAGCCCAUCCCAGUGCACACAAUCUCUCUUUCUGAAGAUCGGUUGCUGUACCUGCCUUUCGGGGACUGCCCUCGGUUUAAAGAACUUAAGGAUGAGACUCUCAAAUCGGAGGAAUUCCAGAAGAAGCUGCAUCCUUAUAAGGAUUUUAUAGAAACCUUGCCAACAUUUACAGGAUACCAUACCCGGGACCUUUUUGGAAUGUGGACUAAAGUCUAUGACCCUUUAUUUUGUGAGAGUGUUCACAAUUUCACUUUACCCUCCUGGGCCACAGAGGACACCAUGACUAAGUUGAAAGAAUUAUCAGAAUUGUCCAUCCUGUCUGUCUAUGGAAUUCACAAGCAGAAAGAAAAAUCUAGACUGCAGGGGGGUGUCCUGGUCGGUGAAAUCCUCAAUCACCUGAAGAGUGCAACUCGGCCAUCAAACCACAGAAAACUUGUCAUGUAUUCUGCACAUGAUACUACCGUGGCUGGCUUGCAGAUGGCACUAGAUGUUUACAAUGGAAUCCUUCCUCCCUAUGCUUCCUGCCACAUAAUGGAAUUGUAUCUUGAGAAUGGGGAGUAUUUCAUAGAGAUGUACUAUCGGAAUGAGACGCAGCACGAACCAUAUCCCCUCACACUGCCAGGCUGCACUCCCAGCUGUCCUCUGACCAAGUUUGCUGAGCUGGUUGCCCCUGUGAUCCCCCAAGACUGGUCCACGGAGUGUAUGACCACAAGCAACAACCAAGUUCUAAGGGUUGUCCUUGCUGUUGCCUUUUGCCUGGUGUCUGGUGUCCUCGUGGUGUUGCUGCUUACCCUCAUCCGCCAUGGGCCCUGCUGGCACAGAGACCCCUAUCGGAAUAUCUGA